AUGCAACGUUGUAAACCCAGAGAAAAAAAACAACGACACAUAUCGAACUGCCGACGUCUGUCACAGCGACGUCAUUUGCAUAACUUGCGUCCUGCAGCGCUCGCCCUGCCCAGCAGGCCAAUUGUCAGUACCAGCCGACAAUGUGCUGCUGUGAAUCUCGACACGUCUGAAGUACUGCUGUUCUUUUCCAGCUCUGGUUUCUACUUAUUGAAAUUCUUAUUGAGAAAAAUGGGAUUAUGUAAGUGUCCAAGAAAGAAGGUGACGAAUCUUUUCUGCUUCGAACAUCGAGUCAAUGUUUGUGAGCAUUGUUUAGUGGAAAAUCAUCAUGGGUGUGUGGUCCAAAGUUACCUGCAAUGGCUCACUGAUUGUGAUUAUGACACAAACUGCUCACUUUGCGAAAGACCGCUCGCUGAAGCGGAGACCAUUCGUCUGCAGUGUCUGCAUCUUCUUCAUUGGUCAUGCCUCGACCAAUGGGCUCGACGUUUUCCUGCCACCACGGCACCUGCUGGCUAUUGUUGCCCAUUCUGUCGUGAGGCACUCUUCCCUGCGUUGAACCAGACUUCUCCUAUGAUUGACGAACUCCGUGCGAAACUCCAGCAGGCAAACUGGGCACGAGCAGGCUUGGGAUUGCCCCUUUUACCUGAACUCGAUCCACCACAUAUGCCACCCCAACAGACGCAUACUCCCGGGCCACAGAAAAUGCAGCAGUUCAAUGGAAUGGCGAAUGACAUGCAGCCGCUACUAUCAAGGACAAAUGAUCGAGAUUCUAUACCCCAGAAUUUGGUGGAUGUUCUCAUGCAAAAAUUGAUUGAGAGUGGCAAUCCACUUUCCAAGCGCGGUAUUGGGCGAAGGAGUCACGCCGCGCGCCGCGCCGCUUCGCCGCGUACGUCGCGUCUAAACUUUGUACCCCACAAAACUGCCCGGCAUGUGCUCUCGCUGGUGUAGAUAUUCCACGUUUCUGCUAUCACGAUCGUUUAUCGAUUGCUGGCAAUUGCAGGAUGUGCCUUGUUGAAGUCGAGAAAAGCAUCAAGCCUGUCGCAUCUUGCGCAAUGCCAGUGAUGAAAGGAAUGAAAGUGAAGACAAACUCGGAUUUCGCUCGUAAAGCUCGUGAAGGUGUGAUGGAAUUCUUGCUAGUGAACCAUCCCCUAGACUGUCCCAUAUGUGAUCAGGGAGGUGAAUGCGAUCUUCAAGAUCAGUCAAUGGCUUUUGGCAGCGAUCGCAGUCGUCUUCGUGCUACAUACGACGGAAAGAGAGCUGUUGAAGACAAGAACAUCGGUCCUUUGAUCAAGACCUCCAUGAAUCGCUGUAUUCACUGCACUAGAUGUGUUAGAUUUGCGAAUGAGGUAGCUGCUUUCCCCGAGUUUGGAACUACCGGACGCGGAUUUGAUUUGCAGAUUGGAACUUACGUAGAAAAGCUUUUUGCAUCCGAGUUAUCGGGUAAUGUUAUCGAUCUCUGCCCCGUUGGUGCUUUGUUGAGCAAACCCUACAGCUUUACUGCUCGACCAUGGGAGUUACGAAAGACUGAAAGUGUUGAUGUUAUGGAUGCUCUUGGUUCAAAUAUUGUAGUCCAUCAUAGAGGAGGCGAACUGAUGCGGAUCAAUCCGAAAAUGAACGACGAGGUAAAUGAAGAAUGGAUCAGUGACAAAGCGCGUUUUUCGUACGAUGGUCUAAAAACUCAGCGUCUUAUUUGCCCUAUGAUAAAGGAUCAAAGCGGUGUCUUGAGGCAAGCCUCAUGGGAAGAGACUCUGUUCACAGUUGCACAGAAGUUCCGUGAAACCCCGGCUGAACAGAAAGCUGCUGUCAUUGGAGGACUGGUAGAUGUUGAAGCGAUGGUUGCCCUGAAAGACCUUUUCAAUCGCUUCAAUUCGGAAAAUGUUUGCACUGAAGAAGAGUUCCCCGGCACAUCUGACUUGAGAUCGAACUACAUCAUGAAUGACUCAAUCGUAGGCAUAGAGAGUUGUGACGCUCUUCUGCUUAUAGGCAGCAAUCCUCGAUAUGAAGCUCCUGUACUCAAUGCUAGGAUCAGAAAAGCAUAUUUGUAUACUGACAUCGAAGUGGGAGUUAUCGGGGGACAUUCCGAUCUUACUUAUGACUAUGAGCAGCUCGGUGACAAUGCAAAGGCGAUUGAUGACGUUAUGGCAGGAAAGUCAGCGUUUGCUAAGCACCUUAUGGCCGCAAAGAACCCUAUGAUCAUUGUUGGAUCAGCAGCUUUGCAUGGGGAGAAGGGAGCUGAGGUUUUGGCGAAGGUUCAACAAUUGGCUGAUAAAGUGCGCUCGAGUGGCAAAUGCGAUAAGUCAAGGAAAGUAUUCAACAUUCUACAUCAAUGGGCCGGACAGGUUGGAGCUUUAGACGUGGGUAUCCAGGCUGGCACCGCAGCCAUAAGAAAGAAGCCGAUCAAGUUCCUGUACUUGUUGGGUGCAGAUGAGGGUAAAGUUACGAGGCAAAACUUAGACCCGUCCGCUUUCAUUGUCUAUCAAGGUCACCACGGUGAUACAGGAGCAGAAAUGGCCGAUGUGAUACUGCCAGGAGUUGCUUACACUGAGAAAGUAGGCACAUACGUUAACACUGAAGGGCGAGUACAAAGGACGAUGAAUGCAGCAACACCACCAGGUGAAGCUCGCGUUGAUUGGAAAAUCAUUAGAGCUAUCUCCGAAGUUGCUGGAAAACCACUUCCUUAUGACGAUUUGAAACAGCUACGGCAUAGGAUAUCAGAAAUCGCUCCCCACUUGGUACGAUUUGGUGAUGUUGAACAAGCUGGAUAUCUCAAGCAGGCUCUACAACUCACCAAGGUCCCGUCUUCACCCGUUGAUGUUGAUCUGACUCCAGCACAGAAGGUCUUAGCCGACUUCUAUAUGACCAAUGUCAUUACCCGUAAUUCAGCUACAAUGGCUAAGGCGAAGAAUGCUGCCAUCAGAGAUAUGCAAAACCCUUAUGUAGAAGAGAUCAAACACCAUGCGCAUGCAUAGGCGUUAGUCAGACUUGAGCAACACUGGUGGCAGAUGCCCAUGGGCAGUGAUCUGUCGUUUAGAGUACCUAGUAAUUACUUUCUCGACGACGUGUAUUGUAAUUAUGCUUGUGACGUUGUUGAUAUUAGAGAGUAGAUGUAAAGAAAUAGUAAAGAUUGUAUUGGCGUUGAAAAGUUGGUGAAGUGUUUGGAGAAGAAAGCAGAAGAUAUAAAUGUUGCUCU